CUAUAAGAGCUGUUUGCCUGCUGAUGUUGACUGACUGACUGUGCAGUGCUAGCCUUCUAUUUCCUGGUGGCUGUACGCUUGAGGUUCUUGCGGCACAAUGGAUAAUACCGUCACAUAUAUAGGACGCUCAAAUCUCAGAAGAAUUCUGUUGCUUCUUUUGCUGUCAGGCCUUCAGCCAGUAUUGUCUACAGAUGGAGAGAAACCCGAACUAUAUGACGACAAAGAGAAUGCAGAGAAAGUUGCCUGUUCAAUUGUCGGUCCAGAAUACGUGACUGUGGGAGUGCCGAGCAGCGUUGAGUGUUACAGCGACUGCCGAGCUUGUACCUAUUCUAUGUCUUUGGAUGGACAGAGCGCCGCCGGUCAGGGCAACGUGUUAGCCUUCACGGUUACCAGCUGGGCGGAGGCGCUGACAGUGACGUGUACAGUCACAGCGGGCAAAGGUGUGAAUGCCACGGCAACAAAGCGACUGCAAGUGUUAGCCGGCCCUGCCAACGUUUCCAUCUCAGGCCCCGACCUGAUGGAUCCAUCUGUGAGCCACACCUACAGCUGCCACGCUUACUGUCGGCCAUCUUGCGCCUAUGCCUGGAAGACGGAUAAAGGCCCGUGGAUGAGUGGUCAGGGGAAUGUCAUUUCUAUCACUCCUCAGGAGAUGGACAGCUCCAGAGUUCUCAUCUGCAAAGCCACCAACAGCGUGUCCAAGCUUUUUGUCGGCGCUGUUCGUAGCAUAGCUGUGAUAUCUGGUCCAGCAAAGGUUGAGAUUAUCGGCCCCGACGUGAUAGAACUUGCAGAAAAGUACACGUACGUGUGCUCUGCUGAAUGCGUGCCCGCUUGCCGCUACGCCUCGUCAAUGGGCAAUCAGACCGUGAGGGGCGGCGUGAUGGAGAUAAUGGUGGAUCACCCGCUGAAGUCGGUCACUCUCAAGUGCGAGGCUCAGAACACCGCUUCGAGGAGAACCGCCGUGGCGUCAAAGACAGUGCAGAUAGCGCGGGCAGCCCGGAACCCGUCCACCCGCCCUGGAGAGGCCUCCACUCUGCUGCUGCUGGCCUUCAUCAUUUCUGCUCUUUUGCCACAGUGACAGGCGUUGUGUCGAGGGGGGGGGGAUCAUGAUCCUAGCAAAGUGUUGUUUUGGGUGCUUUUUAAAUGUUAUUUAAGCUGCAAUAGCGUUUGCAGAUGUAUUGUCCCCAACGUAAUCAAAGUAAUUAUUUCUCUUCCAGUCUUUGUCUUCCUCUGUCAGAUCUUUCCUCCUUUCAGUGGCUUUGUGAUGAAUUAUUGGUCUAGGUGUUUCACACUGCAUUCUUCUCUGUUGGUGUGGCAGGCUGAAAGGAGGCCGAAGCUCAUUUGAACUUUCCAGCGAGAGGCGUGUAAAAAACACUUCCACAUCCAAGUGGGGACAUGUAAUGACUGUGUUGACUCUGUAAGAUUCUUCCACAUUGAUAAAAAAUAAUAAAUAUUGAUGCCUUUAAGCCUG